AUGAGUUCUGAUGAGUCCUUGCUUUUGGAAUCGGAUCCUCGUCCUGUGAUUCAUCACCGCCGAGGGAAAUCGGGUUCCCGAAGCUACCUCUGUGGCCAUGGUUCCUUCUCGUCUCCCAUGUUCGACGUGGCUCUGGAGAGCUGCGAUUUGGAUGUGAAAGAGCGAGACAAGGAGGUUGUGUUGUCUAGCGAUCGUAGCUUCCUCACUCCAUCGUUUAGUAACAGUAAUAUCUCUGAGAGGUGUGUUGUUGAGUCGCAGUUCCCCUGGCAGUUUCCCUUGGAAUGCCCCACGCGCGAGAGGAGGCGCUCGGCAUCGUGGGGUGCAAUGGAGCUGCAUGGUGCUGAUAACCGGAGCUUGCCCUUUGAGAUAUCCGGAGCUUCGUCUCAUGUGCAGGAUAGGUUGAGUAGUAAAUCGCAGAGGAUUAGGCAGAAGAGUGUGCAGUUUGAGGAUCCUGCUUUUCAGGAGGAUGGUGCUAGGUUGAUCUAUAUCAAUGAUCCCAGGAAGACCAACGACAAGUAUGAGUUCACCGGGAAUGAGAUCCGAACUAGUAGAUACACCUUUGUUACCUUUUUGCCCAAGAAUCUUUUCAUUCAGUUUCAUAGGGUUGCGUAUCUGUAUUUCCUUGCUAUUGCUGCGCUGAAUCAGCUUCCUCCUCUGGCUGUGUUUGGGAGGACUGUGUCUCUUUUCCCUCUGUUGUUUGUGCUCUGUGUCACGGCUAUUAAGGAUGGCUAUGAGGAUUGGCGGCGGCACAGGUCAGAUCGCAAUGAAAACAACCGGGAGUCUCUAGUGUUUCAGUCCGGCGAUUUCCGAUCAAAGAAGUGGAAAAAAAUACAAGCUGGGGAGGUUGUUAAGAUCUUUGCCGAUGAGACUAUUCCGGCUGAUAUGGUCUUGUUGGGGACGAGUGAUCAAAGUGGGCUUGCCUAUAUUCAGACAAUGAAUUUGGAUGGAGAGUCAAAUCUGAAGACAAGGUAUGCUAGGCAGGAAACAGCUUCAGCGGUUGCUUCGGAAUCUUGUGAUGUUUUUGGGGUAAUUAGGUGUGAGCAACCGAACCGGAAUAUUUAUGAGUUCACUGCCAACAUGGAGUUCAAUGGACAUAAAUUUUCCCUUAGCCAGUCAAACAUUGUUCUGCGUGGGUGCCAGCUAAAGAACACGGAUUGGAUAAUUGGUGUUGUAGUUUAUGCAGGACAGGAAACAAAAGCAAUGCUGAACAGUGCAGCAUCUCCUUCCAAGAGAAGCAGACUGGAAAGUUACAUGAACAGAGAAACCCUUUGGUUGUCUGUUUUUCUUUUUAUCAUGUGUUUGGUUGUGGCCAUUGGGAUGUGUCUUUGGCUGGUACGGCACAAUAACCAGCUUGAUACCUUACCUUACUACAGAAAAAGAUACUUCACCAAUGGUCCGGAUAAUAGAAAGAGAUACAAGUAUUAUGGGAUUCCGAUGGAAGCAUUUUUCUCCUUUUUGAGUUCUGUUAUAGUGUUUCAGAUAAUGAUACCAAUAUCUCUUUACAUCACAAUGGAGUUGGUUCGAUUGGGUCAGUCAUACUUCAUGAUCGAAGACAGGGACAUGUAUGAUGCCAGCUCGGGGUCAAGGUUCCAGUGUCGAUCAUUAAACAUAAACGAAGAUUUGGGUCAAAUACGCUAUGUUUUUUCAGACAAGACUGGAACGCUAACAGAAAACAAAAUGGAAUUCAGGAGGGCUAGUGUACAUGGGAAGAACUAUGGGAGCUCCUUGCCUAUGGUUGAUAAUACAGCUGCCGCUGAUGUUACUCCUCCUAAACGCAGAUGGAAGCUCAAAUCUGAAAUUGCAGUUGAUUCUGAACUGAUGAUAAUGUUGCAGAGUAACUCAAAUAAAGAAGAAAAAAUUGCUGGUCAUGAGUUUUUUCUUACACUAGCUGCUUGUAACACUGUAAUCCCUAUAGUUGGUGAUGAUGGAUUUUCCAGUUGUGGAGCUAAUGAAUUAAAUGAAGAUAAUAGACACGUUGAUUACCAGGGAGAAUCCCCUGAUGAACAAGCUCUAGUUUCUGCAGCCUCUGCAUAUGGAUAUACACUUUUUGAACGUACAUCAGGACAUAUUGUUAUUGACGUCAACGGUGAGAAACUCAGAUUGGAUGUAUUGGGUCUUCAUGAGUUUGAUAGUGUGCGAAAGAGAAUGUCUGUUGUCAUUCGAUUUCCUGACAAUGCGGUAAAGGUGUUAGUCAAAGGUGCUGAUACUUCAAUGUUUAGCAUUUUGGAAAAUGGCAGUGCGAGUAACAAUAAUAUAUGGCAUACAACCCAGAGCCAUUUGAAUGAAUAUUCUUCACAAGGUUUGCGCACUCUUGUAAUUGCCUCCAGGGAUCUUUCCGAUGCUGAACUUGAGGAGUGGCAAAGCCGGUAUGAAGAGGCAAGCACUUCGUUGACUGACAGAGCUACUAAACUACGGCAAACAGCAGCUCUUAUAGAAAGCAAUUUAAAGUUACUUGGAGCAACUGGAAUUGAGGACAAGCUACAGGAGGGUGUACCCGAAGCCAUUGAAUCUCUACGGCAAGCUGGAAUCAAGGUCUGGGUUCUUACUGGUGAUAAGCAAGAGACAGCAAUUUCAAUUGGUCUUUCUUGCAAACUUCUUACUGGAGAUAUGCAGCAGAUUAUUAUAAAUGGCACUUCCGAGGUCGAAUGUAGAAAUCUUUUGGUGGAUGCUAAAUCCAAAUAUGGUGUGAAAUCUUCAAGUGGAGGUCGUCGGAAUUUGAAACACAAAACUAAUGCUGGGCAUGGCGAUCUUGAUAUUCCCAAUGGUUUUCCCAAAUGGAAUCCUGGAAAGGAAGAGGGAAGUAUUGCUCCAUUGGCACUGAUAAUUGAUGGAAACAGUUUGGUUUAUAUUUUGGAGAAGGAACUGGAGUCAGAGCUUUUCGACCUAGCAACUUCCUGCAGGGUUGUGCUGUGCUGUCGUGUUGCACCCUUGCAAAAGGCAGGAAUUGUUGAUCUGAUCAAAAGCCGGACAGAUGAUAUGACACUGGCCAUAGGUGAUGGGGCCAAUGACGUGUCAAUGAUCCAAAUGGCAGAUGUUGGUGUAGGAAUAUGUGGGCAGGAAGGGCGCCAAGCAGUGAUGGCAUCAGAUUUUGCUAUGGGACAGUUUCAGUUUUUGAAAAAAUUACUUCUGGUUCAUGGGCACUGGAAUUAUCAGCGUGUUGGUUAUUUAGUUCUUUACAACUUCUACCGGAAUGCUGUCUUCGUAUUGAUGUUAUUUUGGUAUAUAUUAUGCACGGCUUUUUCUACAACUUCUGCGUUGACAGAUUGGAGUAGUGUUUUCUAUUCUGUGAUAUACACAUCUGUUCCUACUAUUAUUGUUGGUAUUCAGGACAAGGACUUGAGUCAUCGGACACUAUUGCAGUAUCCAAAACUGUAUGGUUCAGGUCACAGACAGGAAGCUUACAAUAUGCAAUUAUUUUGGAUCACAAUGAUUGACACUGUAUGGCAGAGCCUUGUUCUUUUCUACAUCCCAUUGUUUACAUAUAAGGACAGUUCAAUUGACAUAUGGAGCAUGGGCAGUUUGUGGACGAUUGCAGUUGUUAUCCUUGUAAAUGUACACCUUGGUAUGGACAUCAACCGUUGGGUAUUGAUUACUCAUGUUGCUAUCUGGGGAUCGAUAAUCAUUACAUACGGUUGCAUGGUGAUAUUGGAUUCUAUACCUGUCUUUCCCAAUUACUGGACUAUUUAUCAUCUGGCAAGUUCCCCUACAUAUUGGAUAACAAUUUUGCUUAUAAUUAUUGUGGCAUUGCUCCCUCGCUUUAUUUGCAAAGUUGUCUAUCAAAUUUUUUGGCCUUCAGACAUCCAGAUAGCUAGAGAAGCUGAGUUAAUGAGAAAGCGACAUAGUCAUUUGCAGCCAAGGCAACAAGUUUCAAGUUAA